UGUACAUACUCCCCAAUGAAGAAUUUGUUGUACUAAAAAACCAAAGUAUUAAUAAUAGUAUCUUUAAUUCUUGAAAAAAUAUACAUUAUUUGAGUUAGAUUACACAUAGCUAUAGAGAACCAAUUUGUAACAUCUUUCUUUUUAAGAAAAUUAAAGAUAUUAUGACUUGGAUUUUUUGGUACAACAGUUUCUUAAUUAAGAAGCACACGCACUUGACAUUUUUCUAAAAAAAUUUUUAUUUACAUUUGAGAACUUCGCAUAUCAUUUUCUUCCAUCAAACUUUUAGUCGUAUUGCAUAUACAUGCUUUUAAAUAUAUUUCCGUUAAUUCAAGUUUGAGUCUCCGCUAACUGUGGUUUAAGUAAGUCUUCGCUAAAUGGGGUUUAAAUCUCUGCUAAUUGAGGUUUGCGUUUUCGCUAAUUGAGAUUUGAACAUUUUUAUUUAGAUUCAUGCAUAUUGUAGAAUUAAACUUUUCAUAAACAGUAUAUUUUUAUCAUAUAAAGCAUGCUAAGGUACAUGCUCACAAACUGCAAAAACUUUAAGAUUCAUUAUGUAAAAUUUUUGUCUUUCUCCUUUUUCGCAAUUCUUUUUCUUUUGAUAAUAAUAAUUUAAUUCUUAUUUCUUUCUGUCACGAAUAAAUAAAUGAGAAAUCUAGUUUUUUCGUUCUUACAAUCGAAAAAUAUAAAUUCAGAGACAUAUAUUUAUUAAAGAGAUUCUCAAUAUAAAAUUACAAAUUGCUCUGAUAGAUAAUUAGAUAACUUAUCAACAAUAACUUAUCGCUAUUACAAAUGGCAUAAUUUUUCUCCGAUUGGAUAAGAAAGAAUUAAAGGUUAGUGUAUUACUACCAGUCAUAACUAUUACUAGCCUUACGUCACGUUCUGUUGCCAUAUGCCAUAUUGUUCACGCGAUCAUCCUCAAACGUUAGAAUUUUAUAUACUAUAAAUUCAAGAUAACCAAUCAAUUAAUCUCGAUUAUGGCAAGUAAGAUCAAGGUAGGAUUAAUAUGUGGCUCGGGUCUGGGUGAGACUCUGCAUAAAACGUUCAAUUGUAGCAGCACUACAAGUCGCGAGAAUGCAAAGAAUGAUUUUGGAUAUCCGUCCAGUGAUCUUUACCAUGGCUGUAUUGAUGGCGUAAAUGUAGUGUUACUGGCCAGACAUGGUGCAGGGCAUGUAUUUAGCCCUACCGGAGUUAAUUACCGUGCUAAUAUAGAAGCGUUACGGCUUGCCGGAUGUACUCAUGUACUAGCAUCGACUGCGUGUGGAUCAUUGACAGAGUCUAUUGGUAGAGGGCAACUAGUUGUGCCUGAUAGUUUCAUAGAUAGAACCAACUCCAGAAAAGGUACAUUCUAUGAUGAAACCUCCACCAAAUACAGUGGAGUAUGUCACAUGCCAAUGGAACCUGCGUUUGAUCCGCGAACGUCGGAAAUCUUGGUACAAGCAGGGAAAAAGUUGGGGUACAAUAUAAGGAAGGGAGGAACAGUAAUAACUAUUGAAGGCCCACGUUUUUCCUCCAAAGCAGAGAGUAACGCUUUGCGUCUUUGGGGUGGACAUCUGGUCAAUAUGACUAUAUGCCCAGAGGUGUUCCUGGCGAAAGAAGCGGGUCUACUGUACUCAGCUGUGGCAAUGGCGACUGAUUAUGAUUGCUGGAAAGAACGCGAGAAUGUCCACGCAGCCGACGUAUUAGUUGUGUUUCGAAAAAAUGUUGAUAAAAUAACAAAUGUGUUACUGGAGGCGGUGAAAAUUAUUGGCUGUGGAGAUUGGGAGCAGGAUAUUCUUAAAUUGCAGGCCUUAAUUGAAAGCAGCAAUGUGACUAUGAAGAAAUAAAGUUUUUACUUGCAAAAUUGAAUGAAAAAAUCAUGCCUACAUGUACAAUGAUAGAUACAUAAUAUUAAAGUUGUAAGAGAUACAUGUAAGAUAUUUAAAAUUUCACAAUGAAGGCCUUUAUGAAAUGCAUAUACAUUCCACGUGCACUAAUCUUUAUAGUAUUUAUGCAGAAAAUUAUUAUGUAAAGAACCAAUUUAUAUUUUAUGAUGUAAUUUUUAUAAUCGUAGAUUAUGGGCUUGUAUAAAAUUAUUAUAUGAAACUGUGUUACAUA